GACCAGCGCCAAAUUCAGUCCAGUUUUUCCUCGCGAUAUGAAAGUGUGUUCUGUGCACCCGCCUCUCCCCUGGCUUUGCGCGAGCUAUGCUAUGAAUUUACCCAACAUGUCAGCUGAAAAUGGUAAAUCACCAUGCUAUAGCUAGCCAGCUGACGUUAGCUCGCUGGUAGUGGCAGAGGGGAUCUAGCGAAGUUAUCAGGGUGUUAAAGAGUCCCAACAAAACCUUCUCCUGACCUGAACAUCUUGAUGGAUGUCAGUGCAGACUCAGGGAAACGCCCCACCACGACUGGAGGACACGACUUUGAAAAGGAGCUGUUGUUAUCAUAUACCCCUCACGAGACAGACAGUGGAAUCAUUUCCUUACAGGUUUUGGAGUUUAAAACAAUUCUUCAUGAAGCAGUGGAAGAACUACAUAUUCACAGGGAGGCUGAAAUUCGGUAUGAAGAGCAGAUUAGUAAACUUGUGUUGGAGAAGCAGGAAUUAGAAUGGCAGAAGGAAUCCCUUCAACAUCAAAUUGACAACAUGGCAAAUCAACAUACAGAGUCUCUUGCCAAUGUUAAAAAACAGUUUCAGUCCAAAAUCAGAGGGGUCGAAGGUGAAAGGGGAAAGCACCAGCUGACAGCCGAGUUAAAGGACAAGGAGAUCAACAGUCUGAAGGAGGAACUGAAAUUGUUCCAGUUGUUCAAGUACAGUUUGGAGAAGAAAUUAAGUGAGCUGGAGAAGAAGCUGCAGCUGCAGACCCAGACCAAAGACAGCCAUCUGAAACAACUGGGGGAGGUGGAGAAGAGGUUUGGGGCUCUCUCCAAACAGUGUGCCAUGGUCAAGCAGGCCCACGAGAAGCUGGAGCAAAAUGUUGAAGAUGCCAUGAGACUCAAUAAGAAACUAACUUCUGUCAAUAGAAAACAAGAAUCCACAAUCAUCUCCUUAAAACAGGAAGUGGAGGAACUUAAUAACAAGCUUAUUAAGGCCAAAGUGACAUCUGUGGGUAGAUCUGAAGAGAACUGCAACCUCACAGUCAAAGAGCAAAACAUACAGCAACUCCAACACAGGCUGCAUGUGGAAACGGAAAUGAAUAAAAAACUCAGAGAUGAGCAUACAACUGAAAGAAAUGGAAAAAAGGAGGUGAUGAACUGCCUACAGCUUGCCCAGCAGCUUCUGCUGACACAGACUCAGGCUGUGAGCCGAGUGGAGCUAGAGCUUCAAGCCCAGCGAGAGGAGUACCAGGCCCUUAAAAGAGAACAUGAAGUGAUCCAAGAGAAGAUCCAGGAAAAAGAAGACCGAUUCACUCAUCUGCUGGAGGAGUACAGACAUUGUAGAAUGAUCUGGGAAAAUGAGAAACGGACAUUACAAGAGAGGAUCCAGUCAGAGCACCAAGACCUGAGAUCUGUAAAGGAGGCUUAUAGCCACCUUCAUGAGCAACACACAGAACUAUCAUCCCGCGCUAUACUGCAAGCAGAACACAUACAGGGACUAGAGAGUGGGAUGAAGGACUAUGUUAAAGACAAUGAGAAUCCAAUGGUUGAAAACAGAGAUCAAUCCGCUAGGGAUGAAUAUGUCUCAAAGGACGUUUUUAGAGUGGACACAGUUGUAGUGGAUGAAGUGGCUCAAACAGUGGAAAGUGAAUCUACACAGGAUAAUCUAGAUGUUACAGAUGUGUCAGACCAAAGCAGGGAAGUCGGUCCUUCCCGUUGUUCGGAGACUGUGAUUGAUGCCUCCCCACAGACAGCCCACUGUAAGGUUAUCGAUAGUGUACAGACCACCCAUGGUUCCAAUCCAGAUCGGUCCACAGAUGUAGAGGGAGGUGGAAAGAGCUGUCAGGGUGAAGACAAGCCUAGCUCAGUUCUCCAGCCACCAGCAGGAAGUCUGAAGGGGUUGGCUUCGCUCCAGUCUGGAUCUGCUGACGGUCUGACCACGGUCACAGACGUGGUCCAUGUGCUGAGUAUUUGCGGAACAGGAGAAGGUCAGGCAACUGACUCAAACAACAAACGUAGCUCCAGUGAUUUCAAUUAUCCAUUCUGCAGUUUGAUUAAUAAUGUCUGCUCGUCCAGCAACGUCCAUCUGAGCGACAAAGGUGACUCUAUGAGUGGGCUAUCUGGCUUUGAGAACAGUUCUGUUUAUGGUGCGCUAAACAGUGACCCAGUGGCUGGAGGAACAAGGGAUGGAGAGCAAGAACAGAGUGUGUAUACACCAGAGAUGACAACCAGCCAGACAUUUAAUAAACACAGAGGCAGACAGAAAAGCACAUCAUCAUUUCAGGACAUUGACCCAGUCCAAGCUGUGACCCCAUUGGCAGUCUCACAGUCAGAUCCAUGCAACUUUCUCCUUCAGAAGGUCAUUGAAAUCCAUGAAAUAAGAUGUCACACGCCAGAGGCCAAUGAGGUCAACAUCCUUUCAGAGUCACCUAGCAGCUCAUUACCAGCCUCAGCCCAACAACACAGCAACACACACAUUGAGAAUCCGACAGAACAAGAGACAAUCGGCACAUCUUGUCUUCCAUCACAGCCUCUGAACCUGCCACAGCAAAUCAAUGCCCUUGGUGUUGUUGCACAGGACUGUGCUCAGUCUGACUGUAAUAUUGGAACCAAGGAGCCUGAGGAAAAGCAUAAACAACCAGCUAGAGACUGUGUGCCAGUAACUGAGGAUGCACUCUAUCCUAAUUGUCAGGAAACCUUACCAGAGAGUGGAGAUCUCAAUGUGAGCCCUGAUGCUGGAACCCAUGGAGAUCCUGAACAACCUUCUUCAGAUGUUAGUGUGGACGUUGACGGACCUGUUGGAUCACAGUCCCAACCAUGUCCAGUGGCUAUGGACUCACCACAGUCUGAGAGGGUUCAUGAAGGCCACUGCUGUAACUCUACAGUGGAGCAGAAGUUGAGACCACAACAUGCCAAUGACAAAGAUAUUGAAGUUAAGCACAACAACCCAGCGACCUCCAAACCCCCAAGCGAUGAGACAGAUCUCUCCCCCAAAAGCAAUCAUUCAAAACAAUCUUGCCUGCUGAAAACUGAGGAGAAGACAUCUGAAACCAUUGACUAUUCGUUUCUAGCAAGCAACAAAAGAUAUCGAUCAUCAUUUGAGUUAAUUUCAGAGAAGAGGGACAUACAUUCCAGGAACAUGCACAGCAUCGUAAUUAGUCAAACAACCCCGACAUGCCAGAUAUCCCCAGUGUCUGACCUGAAAACUAAACUGUCCUCUGGAUUCCAAGAGCCUCCUUCUCCAUUCACAAUACCCAUCUUUCUAAAGGGCAAGCAAAACACCAGAGAUCCAUCAAUGAUGACUAGGUCUGCAGACUCGCACAACCCUCCCAGCCUCCUGACGUCCCACAAGAGAGAUCAUCAAGGGGAAUGGAACACCAUUAGAGAGACCUUUUAUGAAAUGUCAGCAGAAAAAGAAAGCAGAGAUCACAUCUCAGUCAGCUCUGCUUUGCACAUCAUCAUGACCCCUUCCUCUAUGGGCAGCAGCAGAUUGUGGCAGGACUACCCCAGGACCGUUUCCUCUCCAUGUCUCUCCAACAACAGCAGGUUGUGGCAGGACCUCCCCAGGACCGUCUCCUCUCCUUGUCACCCCAGCUUCUGCAGAGGGACUGCUUCUGAGGCUUUCCCACCCAGCUCACAGGACGACGAAGAGUCACAGCAAUCCAACAUCAGGGCCCAGAUUGCUCAAAUAGAGCCGGUCCUGUGCUCCGCGAGGUUGAGACUCCCAAAGAAACGCAAAAUGGAUUAAAGUGAAACUAUGCCGUUGUAAAGAAGUACUAGAGUUGAUUUCAUAAAGUUAUUGAUCAUUACAUUAAGUUCACACUAUCAAACUUGUUCAAACUGUCAAAUAUUCUGUUAUUAAGAUUUGAAAACACUUAAGGCAAGAAGGCAUUGUUAAAUGAUUUUAAGUGGUUUCUUGUAUGUAUUUAUUAUUGGGUUUAUUUAUGGAUUUCACCAUAUUUAUUUAUGAAUCCAUGCUGUUUGUUAUUGACCUACAGUUCUGUAUAUUAAAAGUAGCCAACUGUUCAGUA